AUGUCUGCCCCAGUUGUCAACUACGACCAAUGGUUCAAAGACCAACAAUAUGGCCCCGGAGCCUAUCCCAAUCUCGAUGAUCCGACCUUCUUAGGACAGGGGGGCCAAAUAUUGUAUCUUCAAAGUCUACGAUUCCAAGCAGAAACAAUGCGUGUUCAUGAAACCGUUGCACCAACCACAGCAACAGCUUACGAUAUCACGGUACUUAGUCGUCGUGUUCCUGGUUACUGGAAGAUGAUGUUAAGUGUUGCGAAAGCGGAUCGUGCUUGGGAUGAUUGGUAUGGAGAGAUUAAUACGCCUCGCUCCUUUUUGAGUCGUUGGAGUCGAAGCAAGAGGAACCUUAAGGAUCUUGUGAUUAAGAACCAGCGUGCUACUGAUCAGGCUGUAGCUGAGGAAGAGUAUCAGGAAGAGAGUGGGGAUAAUGAUGAAGGGGAUGAUAGGAAGGAGGAGGAGGAGGAGGAGGAGGACGAGGAUCAAAGUGAUGAUGAGGACAGCGAAGAAAGUAAUGACGAGGAUGAGGAAGAAAGUGGUGACUAA